UUCACAUUUACUGGCCAUAUAAGCUUAGUAUCAGCAAGCAGCAACAGCAGUACAUCAUAUACACCCACGAUCCGAUGCAAAUCCGUUCCAUUGUGAGUGUGGCCGCAGCCGCCAUUGCCUCUGUCGUCGUGGCUCAAACCACGGACGAAACUACUGCACCGGCGGUGAUCUCGAGUCGUCCUGGUAUUUGCAAAGGCACGGGCGCGUCAGCCGACUGUGCCAAGUAUGGUCAAGGGUACUCUUGCGUGGCGGUGGAGUCCAAAGUGAUCGGCGCAACCCUGCUAUCCCAAUGCGUCCGGGGCAACGCGUGCGGUGGCAACUUGAAUGGGCGGUGUCCGACGUUUACGAACUGGCCUGCCAGCAUCCGCAGGGUCCAACCCGUGUGUGCGUUUUCUGAAGUACCCAACUGCGACAACGCGAUGAAUGCCGACGGCACGUCGUCGGUGACGGUGAACGAUAAGACCGUGUCUUGCUUUGGCGCCACGUUUGUAAGCGCGACCAACUCGAGCCAUACCAAGAAAGUGAACGGGAUCUACAAGUGUGUCGACCAAAAGCUGUACCGCGAAAAGAACAUGGGGUUCCUCGACCUUACGGAGAAGCAACUCCGGGCGUGCGCGGGCAACGUCACGACCAAUAACAACGGCGUGCGCGUCAGCCUCGGUCUGUGCAAUGCCCAUGGCACUUGUGCUCCCAAAUCCAGUCUCAGUGGCGAGUAUGGCUGUAUCUGCAAUGCCGGCUACUCCGCGAACGAUAAUUGCUUUGUUGCUGUCGGCAAUGUGUGUGACGCGUUCGGACAGUGCGGCAGCAACGGCGCGUGCGACCCCAAGUCAGGCAAAUGCGUGUGCAAGCCUGGGUCCAUGGGCAACCAGUGCUCCAAGUGCGAUCCCACCGCUCCUGCUGAAUCCGUCUGUACGAACCGAGGCAGCUGCGACGUCGGUGGCACGUGCCAGUGCAAUGUCGGCUUUGAAGGGCUACAAUGCGAAACUAGGUCCAGACCUGUCCUCGACGACAGCACCACGGAAGACUCCGAUACCAGUGCUGCCAACCUAGCGGUGUCCACGGCUGCAGUGGUCACCGUCGCGAUCGCAAUGUCGUUUGCGUUUUAA